GAUGUUCACUCCUGGGCACCCGGGGAAGUGGAAGCGCCGGGUCCUGCUGCGGGGGGGAGAGCCACAGACGCCGGGACCGGGACCGCCGCCGCCGCCGCCACCAUGAGUGACCAGCAGCUGGACUGUGCCUUGGACUUGAUGAGGCGCCUGCCUCCACAGCAAAUCGAGAAGAACCUCAGUGACCUGAUCGACCUGGUCCCCAGUCUGUGCGAAGAUCUCCUGUCUUCUGUUGACCAGCCCCUGAAAAUCGCCAGAGACAAGGUGGUGGGAAAGGAUUACCUUUUGUGCGAUUACAACAGAGAUGGGGACUCGUACAGGUCACCAUGGAGUAACAAGUACGACCCUCCUUUGGAAGACGGGGCCAUGCCUUCUGCUCGGCUGAGAAAGCUGGAGGUGGAAGCCAACAAUGCCUUUGACCAGUAUCGAGACCUGUAUUUUGAAGGCGGCGUUUCCUCUGUCUACCUCUGGGAUCUGGAUCAUGGCUUUGCUGGAGUGAUCCUCAUAAAGAAGGCUGGAGAUGGAUCAAAGAAGAUCAAGGGCUGCUGGGAUUCCAUCCACGUGGUGGAAGUGCAGGAGAAAUCCAGUGGUCGCACCGCCCAUUACAAGCUGACCUCCACCGUGAUGCUCUGGCUGCAGACCAACAAAUCUGGCUCUGGCACCAUGAACCUCGGAGGCAGCCUGACCAGACAGAUGGAGAAGGAUGAGACCGUGAGUGACUGCUCCCCGCACAUAGCCAAUAUCGGGCGCCUGGUAGAGGACAUGGAAAAUAAAAUCAGAAGUACGCUGAAUGAGAUCUACUUUGGAAAAACAAAGGACAUCGUCAAUGGGCUGAGGUCUGUGCAGACUUUCGCAGACAAAUCAAAGCAAGAAGCUCUUAAGAACGACCUGGUGGAGGCCUUGAAGAGAAAGCAGCAGUGUUAGAGCUCGGCUCCACGCUCCCUGGACACGCCACGCGCUCGUUAGAUUCCUUUCUUAGAGAACUCGUCUUCUGCUCCCUUCCCUCGCCCCUCGCCUCCCCACCAGGUCCCGUAACACUGGCUUCACCGGGCCGCACGGCGCCAUCUCUCCCUGAGAAUAAAGCCCAGUAAACACCC